CUUCUGUGCAGACAUUCCAACCCGCCUGGACACCUUCCUGUGUAACCUCGUCUGGGUGUUCCUGCUCCAUGGGGGGAUUGCACUGGAUGAGCUUUCCAGGGCCCUUCAACCCCUGACAUUCUGGGAUCCUGUGUGUGAUUCUGUCCUGGCUCUCCGCACCGCAGCCCCAUGUCCAGGCCUUUCUCCAUGCACUGCCCUCCCUGGUGCUUCACACACCCGAGGGGUCCCUGGUUGGUCCCCAUCCGUCCCCUGUGCUCUCGGGACAGUGGCUGCACUGGGUGGUGACAGGAGGGGACAGGUCACCUCCCUGCCUGGCUGAGCUGUGCCGGGUGAGGGUCCUGCUGUGUCCCAGGGGUGUGGCAGCUGUAGGGGCUCUGAGGGGGUGGGAAGGCGCUUGUCACCCUCUCCUGAGCCCAGGUGUCCCCCAGCAGUGCCUGGGGACCCCCCACUGCAGGACUGACCUCCUGGGAUUCAGCACCCCGUACCCACCCCGGUCUGCUGAGCUGGGCUGAUGAAUCCUCAUUUCCCUUCUCAGUAAAACUCCCGUUCCAGGCAGGCGGUGGUUGUUGCUUUCAAAGGCUGGGGGGUGGAGGGCACAGGGUUUCAUCUUUCUUUUUUUGGCUCACUGAGCGGUGAGUUUGACCUGAACAUGGGCUGUUUGGGUCUGGGUGCCCCAGCGCGGCGCGCAGGGCAGGGACACCCGGUGCCGGUGGGUUUGUGCCAGGAGGGAAGAGCGGCUGUCAGCACCUUAUCUCAGCCCUGUCUGCUUCGCCUCUGCCAAAGUUCUUCCCUGUUUCUGCUGACUUUGCCCCUGUGUGCGGAAACGGCCCCUUGUGACACCUUCCUGUCACCGGCACCGUCCCGGCCGGGCUGUGUUUGUGCCGGGCUGCCUGCCGUGCCGAGCUGUGCCAUGGCAGCCGCUGCCCGCUGCGGCGUGUGGCUGCUGCUGCUGCAGGCUGUGGUGCCGCCGGCCCGGCCCUGCGGAGCCCCAGAGGAGGCGCAGGCGGCAGUUCGGGCCCUGAGCUCCCAGCUGCUGGGGCUGGCGGGGGACCCAGCGCGGGACCCCGACCCCAGUGUCUACCUGGCGCUGCGCCUGGCCGGCGACCACGACCUGCGCGGGGAGGAGCGGUACCUGGCGCGGCUGGGGGACGCCUUCCAGCACCGCUAUGGCCGGAGCCUGCAGGCAGCUGUCCGGCCCCAUGGCCACCACCAGCAGGACGCUGCGGCCACCAAGAACAGCACAGCUGCCGCGGUGUCUUGCAGGAGCGCCGAGGGGCCGGAGACGGGGCGGCUGGCGCUGUACCUGCUGGGGCUGCGGGCCGCCUGUCCCCCGCCAGAGCCUGGUCCCCAGCGCUCACUGGUGACGUGGCUGAAGUACUACCUGGAGGAGGACUGGGCAGGCUCCCGGCAUCACGGCCACCCCCUGACCAGUUACUACCAGUAUAGCCUGGGCGUGCUGGCACUGUGCGUCCACCGCAAGCGGGUGCGGGAGGAGGUGAUCCGCCGGCUGCUGGCGGCUGAGCACCAUGGCAGGUUCAGGCACGAUGGAGGCAGCGCCACGGACACGGAGGCGGUGGCAGCACUGGCCUUCACCUGCGUGGAGCGGGAGCGGCUGGUGGGGCCUGGGCUGGCGGCCGAGCUGCGGGCGGCCACACGCGGGGUGAGGAGGAGGAUGGUGGAGGCGCAGGGUGAGGACGGCUUCUUCGGCAACGUCUACAGCACCCCGUGGGCCAUGCAGGUCUUCAUCGCCACCAACACGUGCCGGGGGCAGCUGGCGUACGGCCGGGCCAUGGCCGCACUGGUGGAGGACCUGGACACCUUCAGCACCGCCGCAACCAUGGCUCAGGUGCUGCCGGCGCUGCAUGGCCGCUCCUACCUGGACAUUGCCACCAUGCACUGUCACGAGGAGCCGAACACACUGACGCCUGCUGUCCUUGAGCCUUUGCCUGAGGUGCCGGGGAACAUGACAGUGCGGCUGGUGGUGGAGUGUCCUGAGCCGCGGUGUCCCCAGGGCCGGCUCUAUGACCAACUGGUGCCCGCGCCAGCCGGCGCCUCCCUCCUGGACGUGCUCAAGGCGGCCGCUGCGCAGGGACCCCACAGCUUCACGUUUGACACCCAGGACACCCCCCAGGGCCCCUUCCUGAGCCGGGUGCUGGGGCUGGGGCCCCGGCGGCACGAGCGGAGCUACUGGCAGCUCCUCACCGCACCCAGCACCAGCCUGCAGAUGGCUGGGGCUGCUGUCCCUCUAUUCGCAGGUGUCGCCGACUACAGACCCCACGAUGGGGAGACCCUGAUCCUGCGCCUGAGCCAGUGGUAGAGGGGGUGAUGGGAAUGAAAUGGGGGCGAUGUCAAUGAAAGAGGGGUGAUGGUAAUGAACCCCGUGCCCUGGGCACCAGA